GAGAACUUAAAAAGCGCCUUCGCUCCUGCGCCCCAGGCGGAUCGGCCCCCAUGGCUGACAUCCACGGUUCUUGGAAACCACAUAUUACAAUCCUCCGUAUCUGACAUACCCCCCUCCCCACCUUGGAGUUGGGAUCCGCGAGCAUGGCUCAAAAAACAAUGGACAAUGCCCAAUGCGUGCCGGAGUCGUUCACGACCGGGGAGAUUAUUCCAUGUCCUUUUCCCACAGUCACAGCGGCGAUCCGUCACGCCACUAGCAACUACCCAGAAGCGGUCGCCGCUAUUGACCUCUCCCAGGCCGGCACCCGCCGCGAAGUCUCGUACGCACAACUCGAAAUCCGUGCUCGAUGGCUAGCACAACGUCUCCGGAUGGCUGGGGUUGGCCCCGGCGACCGCGUCCCGCUCGUGGUAAAACGAAGCAUCGAGAUGCUCGUCGGCAUCUACGCUAUUCUGCUCUGCGGCGCGCAGUAUGUGCCUCUGGACGGCGGAGUCGUCACCCAGACCGCCCUGGAGACUGUCAUCUCCCAGUCCGGCGGCAGCAGGGUUGUCUGCACAAAGUCCACGAGGAAACGGCUGCAGCAGACACAUUCCGACAUGGUUCGAGGAUGCCGCCUGCUGUGCGUCGAAGAUGAAUCCGAACCCGAACUGGAGAAGGAGGCCGAGUCCAUCGAUCUCGCCACACCCGAGAGCGGGUGUUAUGUAAUUUACACGUCAGGGACCACAGGAACCCCCAAAGGGGUUGACGUUACACAUUCCAACGUUGCAAACUUGGUGUGCAUGUCACCCGGUGGCCUGGGGAUUCGGCCCGGGACGAAAGUUGGGCAGGUCCUCAACAUCAGUUUCGACAUGGCUGCUUGGGAGAUUCUAGGUUGUCUCUGCAAUGGCGGCACCUUGGUAAUACGUGGUUCAGACUGGGUUCCCACGUUAAAAGAGAUCGAUACUUUAAUUUGCACACCCUCGAUCUUGUCCCUGAAAGCAACAGAAGAAUUUCCAAACAUCAAGGUCGUUGCGACCGCCGGUGAGCCCAGCAACCAGCUACUUGCGGACAAGUGGGCAAAACACGGGACCUACUACAACUGCUGCGGUCCCACUGAGACCACCAUCGUAAACACCAUGGUUCAACACCAGCCAGGGAAACCCCUGACGAUCGGCAAGCCCACACCAAACAACUCAGUUUAUAUCAUGGACGACGAUCUCCGACCGGUUGCCGUUGGCGAAAUUGGCACAUUAUGGGCCGGAGGGCGAGGAAUCUCCAGGGGCUAUGUUGGUUUGCCGGACAUGACGGCUACAAAAUUCCGGGAAGAUCCAUUUGCUCUUGACGGGUCGAUGGUUUACAACACAGGGGACCUUGGAAGGUGGCUUGAAUCCGGAGAGAUUGAGAUAAUGGGGAGGAAAGACGACCAGGUCAAAGUGAACGGGUUCCGGGUUGAACUCGACGGUGUUGCCCACGUUAUGGCAGCAACUCCGGGCGUCCAGAACGCCUACGCAAUCCUGGUCGACGGCGAUAUCCACGGCUUCCUCCACCCCGCAAGCUGCGACACGCAGCAGGUGAUACAACAAGUCGAGCAGGUUCUCCCGUAUUACUCCCGCCCAACACACCUCCACAACCUCGAACAUGUGCCCCUUACACAGAAUGGGAAAGUCGACAAGGCCGCCCUACGCGUUAUUGCCAUUGAAGGGAACGCAGAGGCAAUCGCUAUACCGGCUACACAAGAUACCAGCUCAUAUGCCCCAUCCGCAUCCACUCGUGACAAUUCCGAUCAAGAAGCCGGAGUUGUCGAUGCUCAGGAAAAGGGCUCCAUCACCACCAUGACGAGCGGAGCGUCCACAACCACCCUCGACAUGGUCAAGCCGGAAGGAGAGGCUGUGACCCUAAACAUCGAAGGCGACCUUCCGGAGAAGGACCACGCAAAGUUCUUCCGGAAUCUCGUGCACAGGGCCUUCAUCCCGUACCGUUUUCUACUCAUGCUGGUCUACCUAGGCAACGUCGGAGCGUUGGUUGCCAUGUACGUCAACGGCAUCAACCGCCCCUGGAUCGGGAACAUGGUGGCUAUCAACCUCCUCGUCGCGGUGCUCAUCCGCCAGGACAUGGUUAUCAACCUGCUAUACACGGUGUGCUGCUCAGUACCCAAGACCUGGCCCCUCUGGUUCCGCGCCUCUUGCGCCAAGAUCUACCACCUCGGCGGCGUCCACGCCGGUGCGGCCACUUGGUCCAGCCUGUGGCUCCUCGCAGCAAACAUCAGCGACGUGUACUGCUUCGCAAGCCACGCCUGCAGCAGCUACCCUUACCACUCAGCAGCCUACCAAGCCAUCUCCUGGAUCCUAACCGCCCUCUUCGCGAGCGUCAUCGGCUUCGCCCUGCCCCAGUUCCGCUCCACCCACCACGACUUCUUCGAGCGCUAUCACCGCUUCGUCGGGUGGACCAUGCUGGCGCUAUUCUGGGUACAGACCUUCCUCGGGCUGGCCGACGAGGUCACCCGGGGGGCAUCCCCCACCUACGCAUCCGCGCUCGUCUCGGCCCCGCCCUUCUGGAUCCUGUCCGCCGCGACCCUCAGCAUCGCGAGCUCCUGGCUCUGGCUGCGCCGGGUGCCCGUCGAGGCCGAGGUGCUCUCGGACCACGCCGUGCGCCUGCACUUCGACUACACCGUCCCCGUCAACGGCACCUUCACGCGCCUGUCCUUCCGCCCGCUGCUGGAGUGGCACUCCUUCGCGACGGUGCCGGCGCCUGAGCCCGCGGGCGGCCGCGCCGCCGGCUACUCGCUCGUCGUCUCCAACGCCGGCGACUGGACGCGCGCCUGCAUCCGCAAGGGCCCCCAGCGCGUGUGGGUUCGCGGCGUGCCGGCCUGCGGCGUGAUGCGGAUUGCGACGCUGUUCAACCGCGUCGUGGUCGUCGCGACGGGCUCCGGGAUUGGCCCGCUGCUGGGGCAUAUCCAGCUGCCCAGCUGUGCGACUGCGUGUCUGUGGAGUACCAAGGAUCCCGUCAAGACGUAUGGUAAGGAGUUGGUCGAUACGGUGCGACGCCAGAUCCCGGGGGCGGUGAUUUGGGAUACGUCGGCGCAGGGCCGGCCCGAUAUGGUCAAGUUGAGCUACAACCUCGCUCGCAGCUUUCAGGCCGAGGCGGUCAUAAUCAUUGCUAAUCGCAAGAUUACCACCAAGGUUGUGUAUGGGCUGGAGACGCGGGGUGUGCAUGCUUACGGUGCCAUUUGGGAUAGUUAGCGGGGGAUGUGUUUGAGAGCGAGGUUGAGGUUGCCUGGGUUUGAGGGAGAUAGCAGUGAGCAAAGGCUGGCCUGGGGCUACUCGUAUUUAGUUGGGCAGGACGCUGAAAAGGUCAGAAAAUAGGGGGACAUUGCUUUGUUAUUCUUCACCCCACUUUCAUCAUGGAGCAAACACCAAGUAGGACACACGACAGGUCAAUGUUGACGUAGCCUUGAUCAUUUCUGUAUCUUGCUCUAGAACAUCAGGGCCUAGGACAUACACAAGCAGAACUGUAUCACUACGACUUGAUAAAAGUCUACGG